UUCAUGGGCGAGGCUUAGCAGUAGAUGCCAGAGAACAUGAUUGUCGUAUUGCUUUGAUUAUGGCUUUGUCGAGAGGACUGAGAUGCUGUCAGAGAAUAUUUUCCUGGAUACCUGUUGUCAUUAUUUCUGCCGUGGUCCUGUGGUCUUAUUAUGCCUACGUGUUUGAACUGUGUUUCUUUACACUCCAUAACACAUUUGAGAAGGCGGCUUACCUUCUGGUCUUCCAUGCAUGCUUUGCGAUGUUCUGUUGGACCUACUGGAAGGCUAUCUUUACUCCAGUCGCCACGCCGUCUAAAAAGUUCCACCUCUCCUACAGGGACAAAGAGAGGUACGAGAUGGAGGAGAGGCCAGAUGUUCAGAAGCAGAUCUUGAUUGAAAUCGCAAAUAAGCUGCCCAUCUCCACACGUGCUCAAUCAGGAGCUAUCAGAUUCUGUGAUCACUGUCAGCUUCUAAAGCCAGACCGCUGCCACCACUGUUCAGUUUGUGAAACGUGUGUCCUGAAAAUGGAUCAUCAUUGUCCAUGGGUGAACAACUGCGUCGGUUUCUCAAACUACAAGUUCUUCCUUCUCUUUCUGUCUUACUCCAUGCUCUACUGUGUCUUCAUCGCAUCAACUGUGUUCCAGUAUUUCCUCAAGUUCUGGGUGGGUGAGCUUCCAAACGGCCAUGCUAAGUUCCAUGUCUUGUUCCUUCUGUUUGUGGCCGUUAUGUUCUUUGUAAGCCUCAUGUUCCUCUUCGGCUAUCACUGCUGGUUGGUAGCUAAGAACAGAUCCACACUAGAGGCUUUCUCAGCCCCUGUGUUCCAAAACGGUCCUGACAGGAACGGCUUUAACAUUGGUUUCCGCAAGAACCUUCAGCAUGUCUUCGGGGAAAACAAAAAGCUCUGGUUUAUCCCAGUCUUCACCAGCCAAGGCGACGGCCACUCGUUCCCUCUACGGACUCUAAACGAAUGUCGAAACCCUUUACUAGCCAGUGAAAGGCGAUGGGGGCAAGAUGGAUCAGAAGGGGAAAGCACAGAUGAUGAAGUGGAGUAUGACUCUUCAGUCAGAGUGACUAUUGAGAAAUAAUUGGUUGAGCUACACUCCUUGAGAAGCACUGUAGAAGCGACUGAACACCAAAUCUUGGAUGAAGAGAGAGCAUUCCAAAUACUGGAGUCUUCCAGAAAAGCCUGUCCUCAGACAGUAAAAUCACUAAAGGAAGUGGCUUUGUCCUUCUUCUUUUUGUUCCAUCAUCACAAGCAUCCUCCGUCCUCUUAGAGAAUCACCAAGGACAAUCACAGACCGUUCCUAAGGGCUUUGUCUAGUGUGUGAAAGAUAACGAUGAGCGUAACGACCUUCCAUCUCGUAUUCCGUUCCAGUUCAGCUCACAGCUUCAUCUUAAUGUGUUGGUUCCAUUAACGGUGGCAGCUGGAGUCAUAGCGGUGACGAAAGCUGCACGAAAGCACGUAUCUGCCCUGCUUCUUUUUUUUUUUUUUUUUUUUUUCCCUGUGGUCACUUUAUUCGAGUUCAGCUGCAAGCGUGAUGUCUCUCCAAGCCUUAAAUAUUCAUGGAAAACUCUAAAGACUCCUGUAAAAAUCACUGUGGUGCAGUGAGUAGUACUUUUUAUUUAAAAAUAUUUAAAUUGCCCUUUUUUUAAUGAUGUAUUACAAAUGUUUUCAUUUUGUGUAUUUCUUUAAAUGCAGCUCGAUGCAGUAAAAACAUGGUUUGUAACAAAUUAACGGUAUUUUUUGUGGCAAAGUCUGAUUCACCUCAUUGUUCCCCAAUCCCAGUGCACAUAUUUAGCUAAAUCGCACCCGAAUCAGCUCAUCAGACUUCCAGGGUCAUGAUCUGGAUCCGGUGAGAGCAAGAAACAAGCAGCACUGUCGCGAUGCAGACAAAUGCCGAAAUAUUUACAAUUGUGCUGCAACUGACCUGCCGUGUCUCUUCAUUUUUCAAAUCAUUAGUGCCACUGUUAACAAAAUACCCAACUGUAUUCCAUCUCAACAUUCUGUCCUUCUUUUGUGCCUAAACCUUUUCUUGGUAUUAUGGGGAAACAUUUUUUACAUUGUCAUGAUGUGUAACUGUAUUAGUCAUGUGGUCCUUUAUGUCAUUAUGUUGAUGAUGUAAUAUUUUGUGACCUUCCUCUUUUUGAAGCCUUUAUUUUCCAAUUGUACAUUUUGGCUCGAAUGCAUAAUAUGUAAAAAAAUAAUAAUAAUAAUUCAAAAUGCUGCAUAGAAUUCACCUUGAAACUGAUUUCAGACCAUUUUUCAUUUCAUGUCAAUGAAUAAAUGUGGUGUUUGAACCGAA